GAAUCUAAAAUCUCUCAGUCGCGACAGCUUCCGGCUACUACAGGAUCGCCGCCAUGACAUUUCUUCUCCGGCUCUCUGUUUCUGAGAUUGGCAAACAUGUCAGUUCUUAUUCGGACAAGCCUAGGGGAUAUAGUGAUUGAUCUCUACACAGAUAAAGCCCCUAAAACCUGCAAUAAUUUUCUCAAGCUAUGCUGUAUGAAGUAUUACAAUGGGUGCCUUAUCCACACAGUAAAGGAUUCCAUAGCAGAAACAGGUGAUCCAACAGGAACAGGGUCUGGUGGAGACUCAAUAUACAAAUUUCUUGAAGGUGACCAUGCUCGGUUCUUCAGCGAAGAGAUUCGCCCUGAAUUGAAACAUUCUAAGACUGGCACUGUUGCUAUGGUUAGUUCUGGAGAAAAUCUGAAUGCUUCCCAGUUCUAUAUCACACUUUGCGAUGAUCUAGACCAUCUUGAUGGGAAACACACUGUGUUUGGGGAGACUGUCGAGGGGUUUGACGUUUUGACUAGGAUAGCCAAAGCUUCUGUUGAUGCGAAGAACAGACCCUGUAAAAACAUAAGAAUAAAGCACACAUAUAUACUUGAAGAUCCAUUUGAUGAUCUCCCACAACUGGCUAAAUUGAUACCAGAUACUUCCCCUGAGGGAAAACCGAAGGAAGAGGUCACAGAUGACGGGCGACUCGAAUAUGAUUGGGUUCCAACAGAUGAAGAACUUGGUCCUCAGGAACUGGAGGAGGUCAUCAACAAAAACGCUGCCCAUUCAAGUGCUGUUUUACUUGAAACUAUAGAAGAUAUCCCUGAGGCUGUGGAGGAUUCUAGCACUUUGCUUUACAUAUGGGGUUUGAAUCCUUGUACUGAUGCAGAUGGCCUCAACACCAUUUUUUCCCGCUUUGGAACAGUCAUCUCGGUUCGAAUCCUCCGGGAUCGCAAGACUGGUGAGAGCUUAGGUUGUGCAUUAAUCCAGUUUGAAAAUGAGGUUGCAAGCAAAGAAGCCCGUCUUGUGAUGGAUAAUUGUACUAUCGAUGAUAGAAGAAUAUCCGGGCCUUACUCUGCACGUAUAAAGAAAGUGGAGGAAGAAAUCAAUGAGCUCGCCGAGAAGAUCAACAAUCUUUGUAGUAUCAAGGAGUCUGAUACUGAUACUGGGUUAUCUCUUCCCAGUCAAUGGGAUCUCCUAGCUGAUAAACAGAUGAUUGUUGAGGAGCAGCCUCUGCAUGUUGCGACAUGCACACAGAUAAUAAGUCCAAAUACUGAAGACGCAAAGUAUGUCGUUGAUAUGGAAAAGAUAGGCAAGUUUGUUGUUGGACUUGGCGAUAAAUCUUCUCCCACUGAGAUAGAAGUAGGAAUGCGUGUGGGAGUUGAUAGGAAGAAAUAUCAGAUACAGAUUCCUCUACCUCCAAAGACUGAUCCUCGUGCUAUCAUGAUGACGGUUGAAGAGAAACCGGACAUAACUUACUGUGAUAUCGGUGGCUGCAAGGAGCAGAUUGAGAAGAUUAGAGAGGUCGUUGAACUACCAAUGCUUCAUCCAGAGAAAUUUGUGAGGCUUGGGAUAGAUCCUCCCAAGGGCGUUCUUUGCUAUGGUCCUCCGGGUACUGGAAAAACCCUUGUGGCUAGAGCAGUAGCUAAUAGAACCGGUGCUUGCUUUAUCAGGAUUAUUGGCAGUGAGCUCGUUCAGAAGUACAUCGGUGAAGGAGCUAGGAUGGUUCGUGAACUGUUUCAGAUGGCACGCUCAAAGAAAGCUUGCAUUUUGUUCAUUGACGAAAUCGAUGCCAUUGGUGGUGCAAGAUUUGAUGACGGUGUUCUUAUGGCAACAAACAGGCCUGACAUACUGGACCCUGCUCUUUUACGUCCUGGACGUCUUGACCGCAAGAUUGAGUUUUGUCUGCCUGAUCUGGAGGGCAGAACACAGAUCUUCAAGAUUCACACACGAACCAUGAGCUGUGAAAGAGACGUCCGGUUUGAACUCCUUGCUGGUCUCUGCCCAAAUUCAACAGGAGCUGAUAUCAGAAGUGUGUGCAUAGAAGCCGGAAUGUAUGCAAUCGGAGCUAGGAGAAAGGCUGUGAGUGAGAAAGACUUUCUGGACGCAGUGAACAAAGUGGUUAAAGCCUUAAAGGCUAUCAAAAGUUCAGUGCAACUCCCAAGUAUAUGGCCUACUACAUUUAGAGAGAUUGAGAGAAGUCAGGUUUAUUUCUUCACGAAGCUCCAGAAUCAAAACUCACAAACAUUCUUAUGAUUUGUGUCUAUAUCAUUUCUUUUACAGAACUGUUUUUUAAAAGCAUUUGGAAACAUAUAUUACAAUAAAACAGAGGAAUUUGG